UGGCAGGGAGGAAAAAUAAAGGUGUGUGUUGUUUCCUCCUUUUCUCUACUUGGAUCCUCUCCUUCGCAGAGGGAAAAAAAGAAGAAGAAGGGAAGGGAGGAAAGAAAGAGUGCAGGAAGAGGAAAGAAGAGGAACAGCCAAAAAAAGAGGACUAGUCCCAAACCAGAACUAAGAGACUUUCAGAGGAACAGCUGCUAGGAAUGCAAAGAGAUGGAGGGAAAGGAAUCUGUCACCCACUUGAUCUAAAAAUCCACUACCAGGACAAGCUGGCCUUGCAAGUGCCUCGCCGGAUCCGUUUUUAAAAAGCGAGGAAAAGCAGCAUGCGGAAAGGCAUAGGACUGGAACCCAGAACCGACGCAAGUUAGGGACAGGCCUCUGUAAAACCUCAAGGCCGGAAAGAACCACGUUUUCCGAUCAAGGAGACACAGUGAAGAAGAAAGAAGAAGAAAAUUAACACGGCGAUCCGUACCGGUUUUGCGUUUGUUUGUGCGUUUGUUUAAAAAGAGCUUUAAAUAAAGAGAUUUAUCUAUAGAGCAAAAAAAACAGCAACCAAGCUUUGCAUUUUUAACCUAUUUUUUAAACCGACUUUCUUUUAAAGAUAGGAGACGAGGUUUUUUUUAAAGUAAUUAUUUUUAUAUUCUUUUCUAGAAAAAAAGGGAGGAAAAAAUCUCUCUUUCCUUUUUUCCCUCGGACGAUAGUUACCCGGCGUCUAUCUCCGCGGAUCAGAUUUCGUGGACGUUAAAGAAUUGCAUUUAGAGGAUAAAACGCAGAAGAGUCGGCAGAAUCAAUUGCUACCUGAUCCUCGAAAGAAGCCGCAAGCGAGAGACAAGGGACUUGCUUAGGAUUUUUAUUUUAAAAAGACCCUUUUUUAAACAAUUUUUUUGCUCGGGAGCAACCUUGUGUUUUAUUAUUUGCUUCCAGUUUUCUCAGCAGUGCCUAACCGAAACAAAUGCCUCUUUAAAACCAGUAACAAAAUCUCUUACGAUGCACUAAGGGUGGCUUUUUCAAUUCGGAAGAGAAACAUUAUCCCCAUUAUAUAGGAAUCUGAUUUCUCCCCCAUAAAACCCAGGCUUGUUUUUUUGCUGUCGUUUGGUAGCGAAGAAGGUUGGAAUCGGAUCCAAGAGGCACUGGAUUUUAUUUUGCAGGAACCGGAGACGCUAAGUUUGGAGAGGCCUUUGCAAACGGAGAGGGUUGCGAGUUUUCCCUUGGCAAAACCCUGGCGUCCAUUUUCCGCCAGAGAAGCAGAAAUCGGGAAAAGCGGAAGACGAAUUCAUAAAGUUCAGCAGAAAGCAAAAGGAGAGGUUUCUUUAGGGAGUAAAAGAGUAAAACCAGAAAAUAGCCAGGAGAUUCGGAGUUCAUCGGAAAACAAACAGAGAGGAUUUUCUAGGGUCUCUCAUGCAAAAAAAAAAGAGUUAAAGCAGGAGAUAACCAGAAGAUUCAGAGUUCAUCGGAAAGCAAACGGAGAGGUCUUUUGGGGAUCUCUGAUAUGGGAAUAAAAGUCAAUCCAAAGGAUAGAUAACCUGGAGAUUCAAAAAAUAUCAGAAAGCAAAUGGAGAAGGUUUUUUAGGACUUCUCAUACAUAAACCAGGAGAUUCAGAGUUCAUCAGAAAGCAAACGGAGAGGUUUCUUUGGGAUCUCUUGUACAGGAAUAAAAGAGUCAAAGGCAUAGGAUAAGCAGGAGAUUCAAAGUUCAUCAGAAAGCAAACAGAGAGGUUUUUUAAGGAUCUUUUGCACGGGAAUCAAAGUCAAACAAGGACAUUCAGAGUUCAUCAGAAAGCAAACGGUGAGGUUUCCUUGGGAUCUCUCGUAUAGGGUUAAAAGAGUCAAAACAGAAGAUAUCCAGGAGAUUAUCGGGGCACGCUCUGCAGGAACAGGGUGCCCUGAAUGGAGCCCAAAGAGUCACCCGAAGGACAAGGGAAGCCAGAGAAUGAAUCAGCCGGAGGGGAAAUGGGCCAAAAAAUCCAGGACCGAGAGACAGAGGUCACUGGCGUCGGGUUCGGACAAGAGAUGACAACAGGAGAUACCCCUGUGAUAAAUGGGCAGAAGCCAGUGAUACCCGGAGUCCUAUCUGGCGAGGAGAAGAUCAAAGGAAGUGAUUUAAAAGAAGACGAGGGACUGGAUGACAAAUUUGGAAAACUGGCGAUGUCCAAAGAGUCAGAUUGCCAGGGGAAUAUUGAGUUGCCAGGAGGAGAUACCCCACCGCAAGGUGCAACCCCUUUGUCGGUGGGUUCUGACGCCAACCCUUCCGAAGAAGUGGCUGAGGAGGAGAUGGCCGCCAAACCUCGGACGUCUCCGUCCAACCAACCCCAGCCGCCCGACUUCUAUUGCGUGAAGUGGAUCAGCUGGAAAGGCGAGAGGACGCCGGUCAUCACCCAGAGCGAGAACGGUCCCUGCCCACUCCUGGCCAUCAUGAACAUCUUGUUUUUGCAGUGGAAGGUCAAGCUGCCUCCCCAAAAAGAAGUGAUAACAUCCGACGAACUGAUGGCUCACUUGGGCGACUGCAUCUUAUCCAUCAAUCCCCAACAACAGUCGGAGGCUCUGCAGUUGAACUUCCAACAGAACGUGAACGAUGCCAUGAUGGUCCUGCCCAAACUCUCCACAGGGCUGGAUGUCAACGUCAGGUUCACAGGGGUCUCCGAUUUCGAAUAUACCCCUGAAUGCAUUGUCUUCGAUCUCCUCAACAUCCCCCUUUAUCAUGGAUGGCUGGUGGACCCACAGACGCCGGAGGUGGCUCAGGCCGUCGGGAAGUUGAGUUACAACCAGUUGGUGGAGAAGAUCAUCACCUGGAAACACUCCAGCGAUCCCAAUCUGGUGACCGAAGGUUUGAUCGCGGAACAGUUUCUGGAGUCCACAGCCUCCCAGCUGACUUACCAUGGCCUUUGCGAGCUCACAUCCACGGUCAAAGAAGGAGAGCUGAGCGUCUUUUUCCGAAACAACCACUUCAGCACCAUGAUCAAAAACCAGAGCCACCUGUACCUCCUGGUCACAGACCAAGGGUUUCUCCACGAGGAGCAAGUCGCCUGGGAGAGUUUGCACAAUGUGGACGGAGACGGUUGCUUUUGCGAUGCCCAGUUCCACCUCAGCCACGCUUUGGGCAAAGAGGCGGCCGGGGGGUCUCCUCCGGAGCAGCACCCCAACCAGAGGCAGGUGGACCAGGACUACAUGAUUGCCUUGUCCCUCCAGCAGCAACAAGGAGGAACCCCAUUGAGCGACCUAGAACUUGCCCAGCAAUUGCAACAGGAGGAAUACCAGCAGCAGCAGCCUCCGCUGCCGCGUCCGGUCCCCCAAGCGCAGGGAAGGAGCCCACCACCGACCCGACCCGCCGGAGAGCGCAGGCAGCGCCAAAAGCAGGAUUCCGACUGCAUUCUCUUAUAACGCCAACCUUGAAAGGCGGUCCAUGUGUUUCUCAACCUCCGAAAUUUCGGAGAAGACCGAACUUCCCAUCCUGUUAUGCAUUUGGAAGACUGUUAUUCUCAGUGGUCUCCUCCGCGCAAAGGCUGAAACCAAAAUUUCGAAGCUAAGUUAACCUUUGGAUAGCAGCAAACCUCUUUCUCGGUGUUUCUAAUUCUCUUCUCCCUCCCGGCCUAUUUAACCUCCAGCGUGUGGUUAUUUUUUAAGACCUCUCUUUUUUGUGAUUAUUUUACAAUUCCCCUUUAUGUGGGUAUUUUAUCCUUCCUCCGUAUGGGGGGGAAAGACGAAAAAUGGGGGGGGGGUCGUAUCACUUUUUGGCCACAUCUUAUAGGGACUUUGGCGCAAACGGAGAGAACAUAUCCUAUCCAGAGCCCUUGGAAAUUUAUUAGACUGUUGCGGGAUUCCAGGAACUGUAGUCCAAAAUAAGUAACUUUUCCAAGCCUCUGUGCAACCAAAAAGGCCUUCUUUGGAGAUUCAGAAAUGUUGGGUUUACGUGCAAUUUGGGUGUAUUUGCAGCUUUAACAGGAGGUCUGUAAAGAUGUUGGGUCUCUGUACAUCUUCCGCUAUAGCCGUUGAGCAUCUUGGGGUUAAAUGCUUUGUGAUGCGCCAUUCUGUGGUGCAUAAUAAUAAUGAUGAUGAUAAAUAAUAAUGGGAAAGUAUCCAAUUUGUAUGCAGAAGUUCCAGGUCCCAUCUCUGGUGCCUCCUUAAACCUUGGACAGCUGCAACCGCUCAGAUUAAAUGCAGGUUGCAGAAACCAUGUUCCUUCCCAGACCAAGUUUGAGCAAGUUACUUUUACGAACUACAGUUCCAGUAUCCACACAGCCAGCAGCUUUGGGGAGUGAGAGCAAGACGAAGAGACGCUGGGAGUUGCAAUCCCUAACAAGCAACUCUCCAAAAAUCUGCUCCCAGAAGUCUUUGGACUCCAUUUCCCAUCCGCCUUAGACCAUGCCAUGACUGAUGGGAGGCACGGUUCAUUUGCAGACGGAUGGUGUUCCCCUCCUGGAUUAAGUCGCACUGGACUCAGCGGCGGACAAAGCGUCCGCAGUGGCAAAAAGUACUAAGGUUUUCCGAUUCACAGGGACAUGAUCCAACAUGGGAGGGAAAGAGAAGGGAAAGAGAAGCUAAAUCUCACGAGGGAAGAAACUGCAACGCUAAUUCUGUCCGACUUGUAAAUGAUUAUGUUGCUUUGCAUAGGAAAACAAUGAGAGUGAGACAGUUGAAUUUGCACUUUGCAGAGGUGUCUGGACUGCAAAUCCCAUUGCUCUUCAUUGGCCAACAGAGACUAUGAGAGUUGCAAUCCAACACUGUCUGAAAACUGGGGGGAAACUAGCAUGGAGCAACAACCAUGGGAACAAAUGUAGGGAUCCCAAACCUUAAAAUUUGGAGAGUUUUGCCACACCAAAACGGAAAAAUAAACUUUGCACAUUUGCAAUGGAAAACUUUUCCAACUAAUCAAUUCCGACUAAACCAUCGCAAGGAAGCUCUCAAUUGCUGGCCAUAAUGAAACGCUUCCAAACAUAUUCUGCGGCUGUUGGAAAUCAAGAUGAAAUUAAGCUCGGAAAUCACUGUAAUGGUGAUUUGGAGCAGGCCAUAGAAAUAGAGGAUCUAUCGCACAGCUUGCCGCGAAAAGAGAUGGCAAGGCGCGAAGUGAUCAAUACAAAGGUUUAAAAUCAGUACGGAAAAUAAGCUUUAACCGUUUCUUUAUAAUUCAUUAUUAAGAUAAAAUUCAUGAAUAAGGUAAAUGAAACGUGGGUCGCGUCGCCAGGAUACUGCCAUUGAAUUGAGGAACAGUGCUCUACUCUGGGGCUGCCAUCUAUUUAAUGACAUUUUAAACGGAUUAAUCAUGUAUUUGGGGUUGGACUAAUGAAAUCCGCGCAAGUUUACACUCGAAUAAAACGAUACUUC